AUGGCUCCCUUCGACCGUCUCAACCAAGUUAACGAGCACCUGAACUACCCGGCCGGUCUCCUGGCAGGCCAAGUAGCCAUCAUCACCGGCGCAGGCCAAGGCAUCGGCGCGGAAACAGCACGACUCUUCGCAAACGAAGGCGCCAAGGUCGUAGUCGCUGAUAUCGACGCCAAAAAAGCCAACGCCGUCGCUGACGCGAUCAACUCCGCAAAGGCCGGCCGCGCUCUCGCCGUCGUCGGCGACGUCCUCGACAGCAACUACAUCACCGAACUGGUCAAGAAAGCUGCCGAAUUCGGCAAUGGCAAGAUCCAUAUUAUUGUGAACAACGCCGGGUUCACGUGGGAUGGUGUUAUUCACAAGAUGACAGACAAGCAAUGGGAAACCAUGCUAGCCGUCCACAACACGGCGCCCUUCCAGCUCGUGCGCGCCGCAGCACCCUACUUCCGGGUCAAAGACCAAGAGCCGCGCGUAGUGAUCAACAUCAGCAGCACCAGCGGCAUCCACGGUAAUGCAGGCCAAGCAAAUUACGCCGUCGCCAAAGCCGGCGUCGUCGGGCUAACCCGCACAAUCGCCAAAGAAUGGGGCCCAUCCUUCGGCGUGCGGUCAAACACCAUCGCCUUCGGCUUCGUAACUACACGACUGACGGCCGCCAAGGAAGAAGGCGCGUUCAUCACCACGCCUGACGGCACGAAGGUUGCCCUUGGAAUCCCGGGUAAGCAGCUUGCAACUAAAAAGGGUUCCUCUGCGGACCAGAGUCAGGGUCAGGAGAAGAAGCAGAUUGCGCCUGCGUACCCUGAUAUUCCCCUGGGUAGGCCGGCGAGCCCUGUUGAGGCGGCGAGGGCGGUUCUGGGUGUUGCGUCGCCUUUGUUUUCUUAUGUUAAUGGUGAGACGAUUCGGGUUACAGGUGGAAGGAAUAUGUAG